GGGCGUAGUAGGGGAGGGGCUGCUGGGGAAUUGGCUUGCUGUCUAUGACACUCCUGGAUGCCUUUCAGGAAGCUGCAGCGCCGAGGGGAAUUCUCUACUGAGUAGCAGUGGGAAUGAUUUGCGGGCAGGGGGAGCAGAUGUAGCAACAGCCUAGUGGCACGUUCACAAGCAUUCAUCAGGCUGCAUAUGGUGCCCGCACACCAGGGUAUAUGGAUUGUGCAUAUGCUGCCUGUGCACCUGUCCUGUGCGUGCCUCUGGGUAAAGGUGCUCCUUGGCCAUUUAUUUGCUCAGGCCUACCUUCCCCUGCUUGGGAAGGCUUGUAAGAAGUUUAACCAAGCUGGAGCUGAGGAGAUUAAGUGCCUGGAGCGACUGCGCUAGGAUAGAAAGGACAGGGGAUUUCGGGGCCGGUGAGCAAGGAGCCACAGACUCCCAACACACUACUUCUAGCCAGAAGGGCAUUUGAUUUCCUUCUUUCUUUUUGGAAGUCUGGGGUGACAAUGAAGGGUGACCCUGAAAGGAUUGCAAAGCUGGGGGUGAUGCUCACUGAGUAAGUGACAGAAGCCUGAGAAGAGAUGACUUACUGAUGAGAGGAAUGCUAGCUUUUAGGAAAGCGAAGAAGAAACUCAGGAUGGGGACCAUAUGCUCCCCCAACUCAGGAGGGACAAAGACCAUGGAAGUCUGCAAUGCCGACUGGAUGGGCUCACUCCCUCCUCGUCUCAGCACACUCCCCCUUUCCAAUCUGGCUAUCCCAGGGUCCCAUGAUUCCUUCAGCUACUGGGUAGAUGAAAAGUCUCCUGUGGGGCCAGAUCAAACCCUGGCUAUCAAACGUCUUGCCAGGAUCUCCUUUGUAAAGAAGCUGAUGAAGAAAUGGUCUGUGACUCAGAACCUGACGUUCAGGGAGCAGUUAGAGGCAGGGAUUCGCUACUUUGACCUUCGUGUGUCAUCCAAGCCUGGCGACACAGACCAGGAGAUCUACUUCAUCCACGGUCUUUUUGGCAUCAAAGUCUGGGAUGGGCUGAUGGAAAUCGACUCCUUCCUCACACAGCACCCCAAAGAAGUGGUCUUCCUGGAUUUCAAUCACUUUUAUGCCAUGGAUGAUGUCCACCACGAAUACCUAAUCCAACGGAUCCAGGAGGCAUUUGGUGCCAAGCUCUUCCCAGCUGGGAGAGUGGAGAAUGUGACAUUAAACACUCUGUGGGAGAAAAAAUGUCAGGUUCUUAUUUUCUACCAUUCUCCCUUCUCCACGCAAUAUCCCUUCCUAUGGCCAGGACACAGGACAGCACCAUGGGCCAACACAACGUGCGUGAGGAAACUCAUUCUCUUCUUGGAAACAACUCUUGGUGAAAGAGCUCCCCGUGGAGCUUUCCAUGUCUCCCAAGCUAUUCUUACACCAGAGUGAAGACCAUUCCGAGGCCUGGUUGGUGGUCUCAAGAACACACUGGUGCACAAGAACCUUCCUGUGAUUUUGAACUGGGUGAAGACACAAAAGCCUGGAGAACUAGGGGUCAACAUCAUCACGUCAGACUUCGUCGACCUGGUGGACUUUGCCACGACUGUCAUUGAGUUGAAUGACCUCCUCCUACAAGGGGACAGAGCUCUGGCUACAUGCUGAUUUCGUUUUUAUUUAACUCCGUAUUGAAUUUAUUGAUUCAGGGCAGAGUUUUGACAGGUGUCCCUGCCAAUGGUAGUAGUCCCUGGGCAGAGUUUUGGAGGUGAAUUCAGUGGAGGCCCUUUUCCUUUAUUCAUAGGGCUGUCAAUUUUAGUUUUCCAGGUGAAACUUUUGGCAUAUUGGAAACUCUAAGGGGUGAAAUCCCACUUUAAAUAAUCAGUGUCAGAGUUUCUUUUCACUGGAUCAUAGGAUGGAAUAAUUGGUCAGGAAUGUGGAUAAUAGGUCCCAUCGGGGUAUUUUAUGUCCAUUAUCUGGUUUCUUUCUCUGCUGUCUUUCAAGAUGUUGUGUUUAUGGCAGUAAGAGGCCCGACAUCCGUGAACAGGGAGACAUCCUAUUCCAAGUGUUUCUGUCCUGUGGUAGUUAGACACCAACUUAGGACUCUGAUGGGAUCCCCUGAGUAUUAAAAAGAAAGAACUGGUGUUAGGGAAGGGGCGAGGAGAUAAAUGACCCACUCCUUUAUAGAGCCAGCCAGUAGAAUUUAGCAUGGUGGUAUUAAUAAGGGGGCUGCUAUUAUAUUUCUUGCCCUGUUCACAUGCCAAUUGAUUUCCUCAGAGAAAUAGAGCCCAGAGAUUUAGGUGUAUUUGAUAGUCCCAAAACAUUACUUCCUUUCCAUUUGUUUUAGUUGUGUAUAAGAGAAAGAAAGGAAGAAGAAAAUUUUAAAUUGGGUACGAAGAAGGGUUAGAUUUGCAUGCUAUCUCAUGUCAGGGUUUUUUGUUUGUUUCAGAAUCAUUACUUAAUGGAAUACCAGUUGAAUUCUAAAUUAUUUUGGCAGAGCAUGGUCCUCAAGCCAGCUACUGAGGUCAUGGUCAACUCUGGGUACAUCUGGGAUUGGUGUCUGUCUUUUGUGACAGUACCACGGCAAAAUCAUGCUUGAAAAGUGCAAUGGCAUUGCAUUGACAUGUUCCCAGUGAGUUUGGAGCCAUUCUCUGAUUAUCUGGAACCGAGACUACCUGGGGGACAUUUAGGAUGGUUUGCGUGUCACCCAAAACAAAAAAGCAGUAGUAGGAGAGCUUUGAUUUCAUUUGUCAAUUUGAUCAGCCUCCUACAGGGUAUUUGGACUGGAGCUAACCAUCACUAGAUGAAGGACUUUGAAACUCAAAAGAAAACUUUUCUUGAUUGAUAAGAGGUGCUUACUAGAUUGAGAAAGCUCUUUUCUCACUUAAUUUAUGUAUUUAUUUACUUAUUUCUACACAGUUUAUUGACAGUGCUUCCUAGGUCAGACGGAGCUUCCAGGACUCCUUCCUGCCCAGGACAGAGAGGAUGGCCAUUUUCUCUAGGUUGGCAGGACCACCUUUCUCAGUGCAUCUGUGUGUGACUCAGUCUGCUAUUUACCUUCGCGCUAUGUUGUCUUUUCUCCUAUGCUUUCUAAGGACUUUGUAAAUUUGGUAGACUUUUCAGGACCAUUCUUGCUGCACCAGUGCAAUGGCUGAGGAAGAAAUGGAUAAUGAGAAUUAUUUUUCAUCUCAUCUAUGAAGAAAACCCUCCAGAACAGGAGUGAAAAGUGAAUGCUAGCAGGAGAAAACAGGGAAAGAUAAUAUGCAUUUCUACCAAUCUGGAUCUGAUUGCGGAGCACCUUAUACAGCAGGGAAUUCUCUAGAAAUGGCAGCCUCUGGAGUCUGGAAAAAAAAGGAAAAACCAAGAUGCCAAAUGUAUGUGGGUUUUGGUGGGGAGAGGGGGAAGGAGUGCACACACAUAUGUACAUACACACAUGCAUUUGUAUGCACACUUGCACACAUGCACACACACGUGUGAGUGUGUGUGUGUGUGUGCGUGUGUGUGUGUGUCUUGCUGGGCAUCUCUUUCAAUUGCUUUCUGUUUUGUCCCUGUGUUGCUGGUAGCUGGAGGUUGGCAUUUUUCUGCAAUGGGAGCAUCCAGCCGGCUGCUAAGAAGAUAUCUCUUCAUUCUCCAGCUUUUUUUCUCUAGCCUUGCUACAAAUGCCACUUCUUCAAACAAAGGGGAAGUUCAGAUGCUCUGUCUACAGACCCUGAAUUGCUCACAUCCCAGUCCCCAGUGGAAAAAUCGGGCUUUCCUUGUCUUGGAACGUUUCUUUAGAAGAGGCAGUGUCUGGGAUUAUACUGUCAAAGAAAGGGAGGGAAAGAGUAAAACAAAAAGGUAUUGUUGCUUGAAACUAGAGGAUGCUCCCUGUGUGCACCCUGCUUCAGUACAAACAAGGUGAAGAGGAGGAAGAGAAGAGCCUAAGACCCUGUCUAGUCUGGAGAAGUUGCAUGGGGCUGGAUCAGAAGCCUGCCAGCUCCUUGUCUGUAACCGUACAGUGACGGGGAGGCUAGGGAAGGACAGUUUGUUCUCCCCUGUUUUAUGAGCCUCGGCACUUUCAGUUCCAUGGUGCUAUGGGGACAGGUGUUCCUAGCAUUAAUGAAUAGAAUGCCAGUGGCACCCAAGGGCUCCUUACUGAUCAAAGAACUGUUUACUUGCUUUUCCCCUUCAGUAUUUUGUUCUGUUUCAUUUUAAGCAUGUCAUUGAGUUUCAUUUUAAUCAUUUCCUGCUGUGUUGACCAAGUGGAUUUCAGGUUUGGGAUAAAUAAGAAAAAAGUCCUCAAUCUUGCUUCCAAAGUACAGAAACCAGCAGCUGCCCACAUGAAUAUGGCAGGGUGCUGGAGAUCAUUAUUGCCACUUCGGUUUGUCAUCCUUGUUUACAUUUGGGAAACAGUCUGUCUUGGAGUCAGUGGGAUGGGGCAAGGGAUGUGAUUUAUAAUUCUACUGUAAACACUGGCCCAGAUUUGGCUGCCUCUCAGCCCUAGGAAAAGGUUAACACAGAUGUUAAAGGAUACUCACAUUCUCUUCCUUUGACAACAGAGUCGGGGAAGAGAAUUGGGAGAGGAGAGGGAGGCGGGUGGAGAGGGACAUCUGUUUGGGUCAGUGACCCAUCCUGUGGCUGCCAUAAGAAAAGUGGCCCCAACCACAUUAUUGAUUCUUCCAAGUUGUGUGGGACUUAAAAACUAAAACAGUAUUUAUGCUUAUUCAGAACUGAAUAUUGUUGGACUCCACAAUCAGCUAAAUGUUUGCUUCUGAGCCAAACAGGAACCCAGUUUCCUAAGAUCUGGGGCCACAUUUCUAUGGAGAUGUAAUCUGAGUAUCCCUUGAGUUGCCUGAUCUAACUUCCCAUUGGCAGAUAAGGGUUGUCGUCCUGAACUGCCUAUCAUUGUUUACAAGACCGGGCUUUUGAUCCUACUGGGGUACCAAUAUGGUUCAUGAAGAUGUCAGGGACAGAGAGAGAUGGGGAUAAGGUUAGGCUAAAGGGAUGGUGAAAAAAAUAUGACAUUAACAUUUAAAUUAAGGCAGCUGUCAGAGGCUCUCUGCAGACAAUAUUUGAAAAUGCAUGCAUUAAACUAGAGCAAUCACUUGAGCCAAUGCUUCUUUAGUUUUAUAGUCCCAGGCUACAGAAAUUCUUGGUGGUACAUUGGCCACCUAGGCAAAACCCAGGAUUUUGCUUUAAACGCUAGAAAAGCACAAGGAAUUUGAUUCCAAGAAAAUCCAAGCUCCUUAGCACCAUAGGGCUCCCUCCUAAUUUUCCUCUGAUAGAAUUCAUAUCAUCAGAUUUAAGAAGCUCACAUUUCUUUAGGAAAAGGACUUGAUUGUUUUAGGGAGCCACCAGGUCAAGCAAAUUUCCCAUUUGAAACAGUCAGUGUUGGCUGAUGGAAUCAGGUUAGGGGAGCAUUGGAAUGAAUGCUAUCAUGUUGUAGUCUUUGUUUUUGCUUUCUUUGGAUCUAACCUUUAGAAAGGGUUGCACAAAAGGAUAUUAAAACCAUGCCCCUUGUGGGACAAAAGGGGAGGGUGGAGUGCCAUUAAACCUACCCAUUCAAUGGGAGGAGGUAGAAGUUCCAACUCCAGCUGAAACCCUCUGCUUCCAUCACCCUUGGAAUUCUUUAGAGGGCCCCUCAUAAGCUAAUGGAAGUCUUGGAUGGAUACCAUAUGUAUAUACCUCCAAAUUAAAUGUACUUGGGAAAAAACACACUAAUAAGUGAGAAUCCAGUGUAGACCUUCCAGGUGCAUCAGUCUGUCUCUUCUCAUGGUGUUUCCAGCUUUGUGGAAGGUUUCAGCACAAUUCCUAGCAAAUAAGCAGACUCUUAAUGAAUGCUUUUUGACCAAGUUUUGGGGUCAAGGCUUUGUCCCACUGUGUCCCCUAAUCUUCACCAAUCGAUGAUGAGGGAUGCCUUUUGCCACUAGCUUAUUUGAGCAUUUGGAGAUGUCCAGAUGAGAGAUAGAUCAAGAAUAUAAUGUUUCAGGGAAGUCACUAAGACUAAGAUUAAUAGUAUUCUGUAUAUGAAAUUAAUUUGGUCAUCUGGGGGUUAACUGUGAAAAAGAAUGAGACGAAGAUUGCUCUUCAAUAAUGUUCUGGGUGAAAAGAGCAUCCCUGAGUCAGCACACUCCCCCCAAUUUUUUAAAAACUCUAUGACCAAUGAUAAAGCACAUAUAGGCAAUCCCAUCCUUCAGAGUUAUUUAGAGAAAAGAGUUUACAGGAAUUCAAGGAGCCAAUCCACCAUUUAAAAGUCUCUGAUCAUUCCACUCAGUGUGAUCAAUGUUUUGAGUCCCAGUUUAAAGUUGAAGUGAUAUUAAUUUCUUAUAGGGCUAGUUGAAAAACCAAGGAUUGAGUUUCAUUUUUAGAGAAAUGACAGAAGAUGGCAGGGGAGGGCUAACUACAGGGUAAAGGUAGGUAUCUUCUUAGCACUAACAUGUAAGUGUAUGCUUUCAGAUGCUGAGAAGAUAAAUAAAGCAUUGCUGCAUUUUUUUAAAAAUAGCAAACAUUCUAUAACUUCUAGGUUAUAAAUAUUAGGAGAGUAGGAGAAAGGAUAGAGAUAGACAACAGGAAGUGAAACAGGAUCCUGGGAUUUUCUCCAUGAUAACCUUCCUUUGGCCAGUUUUGCCAAUCAUCUGACCAACACCACAAUUCCUGAUGUGUUUAGUCAGGCUUUAGUCAAAUUGAGAGGCUUUGCUCCUGUUCCUACUGAGGAUUUCUUGUUAGCUUUCCAGUUCUUUAUCAGUGUUCAUGUCCAACUCUUAAGAAAACCCAUGCCAAUCUCUCCCUUUACUUGCUGUUAUCUCCCUACCUGGCUAUUUAUUUGUCUGCCCUCUCCUCCCAAGCCUUCUUUGGCAAGAACAGAAGGUUCUCCAUGGCAGAGCCACCUGGCUAUCUGGGAGAUAGGAAAAGGGGGAAAGAGGAAUAUGCCUGUGAACUGUCAGCAUAGUCAUUGGCACCCAUAAUACAUGCAGAAUCCCAGAAUGAGCUGCAGAACAUUAUGUGAAACAAGAAAGAAAAAUCAAUCUUGGAGUAGGGAGAACACUUAGUAAGAGGCAAGCUUGAUAACAUGAAACAUUGGAUGUGGAAUUAGGCUUCUUUCUAGGGUUUAAAACAUAUUUGUUCAUUUAAAAAUGAUUUAUUUUCCAGCAAACUGUUGAGGACUUUUUCUUUCCUCUAAGGUACUUGACAUUAAGGACAAGUACACUGAGCAAAACAAGACAGAUUGGAGUGGCAUGAGAAAAACAGGUUUGAAGAGGUAGAAACCAGCAUGUUGGUUUGCCUCCAAUUAAACUUGAGCAAUUCUUUUGCACCCCUACGAGUCCUCUCUUCAAGUUGUGGCUUUUUCAGUUUCCCUCCAAAGAAUGGCAUGAUUGCCCCAUGACCCUGUGACAUUUCUGAGCUGGCCCAAAACCAGAAUGCAUUAUGGAUUUCACACACAUGUGUGUGCACACACACACACUCACAUACAUUUUUUUAAAACAAUACCAUGCUGGAAAAAACUCCCUCCCUCUUAACCCUCUCAGAAUUAAGUUUAAGAUGACCCUGGCUGGCCCCAUCCUAUGGUAUUUAUUGUUUGCAAGCUCUCCAAGAGAAUUUGUUCACAUGAUUCUUUCAGCCCGUCUCCAGACCAAACUGGUUUCGAUAAAGUUUUGUAGUUCUUAUCUGUUGGCACCUAAUCCCUCAGUCCCUUCCUAUAAUUCCAUCACUAGAAGAGUCCUCUCUCAUCACUUUCCUUUAACACCAUCUUCUGUUCUUUACUCACAUCUAACUUCCACCACCUGCCAAAUGCUCUGGGUCACAGAAGGUUAGGAAGAUCUGUGUUAGCCAACAGGAAGGGCAUGCACAACCCAAGCUAUAGGAGCACAAUUUUUUUCUGACCUCAUUAAUGUGACUCUCACUCUUCUUCCUGUUUAGACCUUCUUCCCAUCCCACCCUCACCCCCAUCCCCUUUCAGUCUCCGUGCCUCCACCCACAGGGGAAGGAGGAUGGCUAACAAGGGCUGUUUUACAAGUCUAGAUGCUCUGGAAAUUUAAGAGACAGCACUUUGAGAUGUCACAUGGAACCUAUGUGGCUUUGUACAUUUCCAGUUUGUAUUACUAGAGCAUGAAUACAUGCUUCCAUCUUGGAAUUGUAGUGUCCAUGCGAUAGCUUGUAGGAGCAGAUUGUGUCACCUGUGGUUGCUGCUAAGAUCCUUACUACCUUAUAGCCUAAUAUUUAAUCCGCAUUGAGUAAAGUGUUACUAUACACAAUUUGUACAAUGUGAAUGCCUAUUGUCAUCUCAGUUAACCUCGUGAUAACCAGGUAAUGAGUUAGAACAUAUGCUGUAAUAGUCAAAAUAAGUAUUGGUCAGUUUAGAAAAACCAUGAAAUUAAUGAUGUACUGUAUGUACUAACUGUUGUAUUUUGUUCUAUAUUGGCUGGAUCACAUUAAAGUGCAUGAAACAAAAGGAAUGCUACUUGAUCUAAUAAUUAACAGUUUGCAUAUCUGUGCACUUUCACAUUAAAAUGUAUUUUGUGGCUUAAUUAUACUGUAUGUCUAUAUUUCUUUCAUUUUUUUUCUUCAGGUAACAAUUGUUCAGUUUAUUCUCUAUUCUCAUUUCUUGAUAGAAUUAUGCAAUCUCCUCUGCAUUGUUAAGCCAGAAUACCUCAUUUUAACUGUGAAGAUUUUAUUUUUUAAUGGCCUAUCAUGUAACUUAUUUUUUGGAUUGGUUUGUUUUAUGUUGUAUUUUAUCUGAAUUACCCACAGAAGUUUUCAUCUCUGACAAUAAACAUCACAUUUUAGCACACA